AUUAAAUUGAUGGAUUUUUAGUUUAUCUAUGUGUCAUUCGUCAUAAAUGAAAAUAGGCAUUGAGGUAAUCAACAAUAAAUGUUUAUAUAUUUUUAUCGUAAUUGGUACAAUGAUGAUUUUAUAUGACUGUUAUCGUAGAAAUACAUAACUUAAAAUGGUCAGCUUAUCUCGAAGUUUUAAUACAAAUUCAGGAGGUGCUACAUUUUUCAGCGAAUCUGUAAAUAUGGAUGAUAGAGAACAUCUUCAACCAAUUUUAGACUCGUACGGUGUAUUUAAACCUAUAAGAACGAUUCCGUUGUUUAGUAUUCAUUUAAUAUUCUCGUGUGCUUUGACUAUCAUAGCUAUUUGUUAUGCUGCAAUUCAUCCAGACGAGAAAAGUAAAUGUAGAGAAUAUUUUGUAAUAAUAUAUUUACACAUUGGUUUAUGGUUUUUAACUCUUAUAAUCGAUCGCCUUGUAAAAUGUCACCAUCAUAAUUUAAAAAUAAACGGUUAUUUAGAUUUUUACCAACAAACGCAAUUGCACAUAAGUUUACCAUUCUAUGUAGUAAGUUUAUGGAGUGUCACCUUAAUGUUUCUACAAGCACUUAUGCAACAUUUCUACCCCGACGAUUUUGCUGAGAAAUGUAUUAAAGGAGGCAGCUUAUCUCCAAUAUCGUAUCUUUGUGCUAUUAUUACCUUGGAAUUCUGUGUUAUAGCUGGGAUUAACAUCAAUUACAUUGCUAAAGUAAUAAAUUUUAACAAACAGAAACCUCUACCUGAUGUUCAAAGAGAGGAAUGGACUAGUACUACUUCACCUGAUUCUUUGGCUCAAAGUGAAGUUGGCUACAGACAACUGGGAGACAAAGUAUAUGAUUUGUUAGAUAAACAGGCAAAGUAUAUAAAUUUCCUUAAGGAGCAUAACGAAAGAUUGGGUGAAAAAACAAUGAUACUGAAUGCUCAACUACAACAACUUCGGGCACAAAGAAAUCAAAACUAAAUAGACAUUUUCCUAGUGAUAUAGAAGCAUUUUGUUAUCAUUAAAUAUUAUUUUUAUACCAAUAA